CCUCUCGCUCGCUCGCUCGCUGCGCCGCCACACUUUCUCCUCGCGUCGUCGUCGCCUCAGCCUCGCCUCGCCCGCGGAUUAUUCCGUGCACCUUCAGCCUCGCGCGCGGGGGACAGCCAUGGCCGGGAGAGGGAAGGCGAUCGGCUCGGGCGCCGCCAAGAAGGCCAUGUCGCGGAGCUCCAAGGCCGGGCUGCAGUUCCCCGUCGGCAGGAUCGCUCGGUUCCUGAAGGCCGGCAAGUACGCCGAGAGGGUCGGUGCCGGCGCACCCGUCUACCUCGCCGCCGUGCUCGAGUACCUCGCCGCUGAGGUUCUUGAGCUCGCCGGGAACGCCGCGAGGGACAACAAGAAGACCCGCAUAGUGCCGCGCCACAUCCAGCUCGCCGUCCGCAACGACGAGGAGCUGUCCCGCCUGCUCGGCACGGUCACCAUCGCCAGCGGAGGAGUCAUGCCCAACAUCCACAACCUGCUCCUCCCCAAGAAGGCCGGUGGCAGCGCCAAGGCCGCGGCCGGCGACGACGACAACUAGAUCACGCCGCUUCCGGCGGCGGUGGAUGUGGAUGCUGCUCUGUGUAGUAGUAGUGUUGUAGGUUGCCUAGGUGGUUGCGUUGAUCUCUAGUAGGAUAUGAUUAGAUGCUUAAUUGUGCUUGUACCAAUGCUAAACUAAGGUGGACUUCUGUAUGGACAGGGGAUUGGUUGCUGUAUUCGUUGCUAUGUUCUAGUAUAAAAAAAGUAUCAUCCUUUCGAUGAUUUUCUCUCAAA